GCGGCGGGCUCGGCCAGGGGGUGGGCCCUCAGCACCGGGCUCUCCUGGUGCAGCCGCAGGUGCAGGGGGCACAGGGACACCUCGCAGCGGAGGCAGCUCCUGAGGGCCGAGCGCCGCUUCCUGGUGCAGUAGGUGCACGGCACGACGCCGCGGCGGGGCUCCGGGGCCAGGUAGCCGGCCACGAUGUUGGCCAGCUGGAAGUUCUUCUCCAGGCGGGGCCUGUCCGCCCAGGCCGCCCGGCACUGCGGGCACGAGUAGGCCUCGGCCUCCCUCCACACCGCCUCCAGGCAGCCCCGGCAGAAGCUGUGCUUGCAGCUCAGAAUCACCGGCUCGGUGUAAAUCUCCAGGCAGACCUGGCAGGUCAGCUCCUCCUCCAGGGGAUCCCGCACAGCCGCCGCCAUGGUGCAGCGCCGGAAGUGGAGCCGGCGGGAAGGGGAGGAGGAAGCAGGUUGCGCCCCUUCUUUGGUGCACUGCCCGUAGAAUCCCUGGCGGCAGACCUGAACCUCCGCCUCGGUUCCGCCUGGCCACCAGCAGUUUCUCACUCAAUUCUCUGAAGAUUGUUAUGAGUACAAUUAAUACCUGUCGCAGUACUAUCCCAUUCAUCACAUCAUGUUGAUUAUUCAUUUUAAUACUGACAUGAAAGCACAGGCCGUUUUUUUUCUUGCAACCCAGACAAUUUUCGAUGCCCUUUUGUUUGCUGCCCAGACAAUUUUUGUUCCCAGCCAUAGGGGAGAAACCAGUAAAACUUGUGAAUGACACAUACUGGUCUGACUCAUCUUGUAUACCCUCAAAAUGGACGACCAGUAGCACCAGUACGUUUACUGCACACCGGUAUUGUUUUUACUGGUUUAUCCCUCUGGGCAGGUUUUUGCAGCCCAGACAACUUUUUAAAAAAUUUUGUUUUUGUUCACUUGUUUCUUUUUAUUUCUCAUUUUGCUGCCUUCUAAUGAUCAACCCUUGUUAACAAUUUGAUGAUAAUGUUAACUUACUAAUCACCACAACACGACUGAACAACAAAGAUGGGACUUCUGCUGAAAGGAAAAAAAAGAGAAAUGAAAGGGGCCAAGGGAGGCCUGCAGUCACAGUAAAUGAUGCAAACUCACUUGGUGUUUCAAAAAAAAAGUGGUCACCAUUAGAAAGAUAAAGCAACGAUUGUCAGACCUUUUUGUUUGAAGGCUCUACUUUCAAGCAAAUUAGUACACCCCCCAAAAGGGAAAAACAAAAUUUUCUUUAAAAAAAGGUACUUGGAAAUGAGCAUACUGGCUGUUCUGUAGUUCCAUUUUGAAGUACACAAGACCAGUAUACGUCAUUUGUAAGUUUUACUGGUUUUUCCUUCCUGGGUGGGUGCCUUCCCCUUCAUUUUUAGCACAAUACUCUUAACGUGGAAGUCCUGCAUGGAAAGUGUGUUUUAGUAAAGGUUUUGAGAAACGGAUAUUUGUUUACUCAUAUCAGUGUGUAAAGAUAUUAGAGUGUGCUUGAUUUUCAUACAGAAAGUGCCUGGUGUGAAGUUUGAAAAUGGCAUUCAUAAGUCGACCGCAGUAUUGAGGUCUACGUUCAGGUAAGACUUCUGAUGCCUGCUGAGAAAAUUAGAGGCAGCAUUAUAGCUGGGAGUUAAAUCUUUUUAUAAAUUUAAUUGAAAACAGUUUACAUUGGGCAUAGGAGAUAGAAGGAACAGCAGAUGCUGGAGAAUCUGAGAUAACAAAGUGUGGAGCUGGAUGAACACAGCAGAUGAGCAGAAAGGCUGAUGUUUUUUUCUGAAGAAGGGUCUAGGCCUGAAACGUCAGCCUUCCUGCUCCUGUGAUGCUGCUUGGCCUGCUGUGUUCAUCCAGCUCCACACUUUGUUAUCUUACACUGGACAUGAUUUUUGAAUGUUUCCACCUCUUGUUAGAUACAAUGGCGGCAGUUGCAAAAUACGCAUAUGUCAGAUUCCUUGACGACAAUGGUGUAUCCAGGAUUGUGUCUAUUCAGGAGGACAUCAAAAAAUUUAAGCUCCUGACCCACAAUCCCAGCAAAGUGUAUAUGGUUCGAUGGAUCCAGGCAAGCAUUGGCAAAUCAGAGGACUAUGACUCUGGGGAAUACACGCGCAGCCCCAAUGAUCCAUACUGUAAAGCACAGAUCAUGUUGCUUGCAGGUAAGUGUGAUUAUCCAUUGCAACAGUUGUGUUUGACAAUGAAGCCAUUGAUUAUAAUUCUUGUGGUCCCACCUCCAGAGUCCCCCGAAGAGAUCAGGGCAGAAACAGCUAAGCGUAGGCUGCUGAUGUGUCCUACCUGGGAUAGCAAUGUGGAAUGGGAGAGCGCUGAUGAUCGGCCUGGCCCAAGCAGAAACACACAGGGGAAGAGGGCAUUGGAAGCCACCAGUGUAACUAUGAAGGAUAAGAGAGCUCGGACAGAAAGUGCCUGGAGAAAGCAUCUGCAGAGGCUAAUGGAUGGUUUCAAGACUGAGAUGCCCGACUGUGCCCUGGGGGGCAUGACAGACUCGCUCUCUGUCUCAGGAGCGUUUGUGAAUGAAAUGGCCCCUCCAUCAAGGAUGGUCGAACACGACUGGCAGGAAAGGAGACCAGGGCUCGUGCAGGUGGAGGCUGAGAACAAAGUCCUCAGGCAGAAGGUGGAAUCCCUAAACAGUGACCUUCAGGAGGCCACAAGAAUCAUCCGUCGUCUACAGGAGAGAAUGGACCAGCUGCAGGACCUUAACUGCCGACUCCAGGAGCAACUCCUAAGCCGUGCCCAGUCACGCCGACCUGCACUGUCCAGACGGGCCGUGGAUCUGACGAGACCAGUACCGCCCACAUCAGUGCAGAUGCGUACAGAGCCUUCACCCACAUCCACUGGCUCACAUGGCGAGACUAACCCUUCUGCAGACAAUCUCUAUACUCCCAUUGAUGGAAUGGUACAACUUCAGGGUGGUCUGCAGGUUACAGAGCGCCAGUGGGAAAAUGUUCUGCGAUCGAAGACAAACUCGAUGUUUGUCAAGACCCUAGCUGCUGCCGUAUGGGGCUCAGACGUGCUCCGCAACAGGUCGAUCCAUGGCAGAGUGUGUGCCCGCUUCAUCAAUGCGGACACACCUCCUGUACCCAAACCUGCACUUUCUCCUGUCAAACUCAGUGCUGUUAAAGCUUGCUACGGCCACUACCUCAGAUCUAAGGGGAUGAGUACUGAAGGGGUCUGCAAGGAGCAAGCCCGUGUCCAUAGUUAUAUAUCGGAGAAGAUUAUGGACCUAAACAGAACAAGAAAAAGCAGCCAAGCACAACAGUCAGUGUCACAGUGAUGAGGAGGGAGGGAUUCUGCAUUUUUAUAAAUGUUUCUCCUUUUAAAAGGGUUGCCAUUUUCAGAGGGUAAUGUACACUGUUAUGAUUUAGA